AUGGUUCACUGUGCAGGUUGCGAAAGGCCCAUCCUGGACAGGUUCUUAUUGAAUGUUCUGGACAGGGCUUGGCAUGUGAAGUGUGUUCAGUGCUGUGAAUGUAAAUGCAACUUAACAGAGAAAUGCUUUUCUAGAGAAGGCAAACUUUACUGUAAAAACGACUUCUUCAGGCGUUUCGGUACCAAGUGUGCGGGUUGUGCCCAGGGGAUAUCCCCAAGUGACCUGGUCAGGAGGGCUAGGAGCAAAGUGUUCCACUUGAACUGUUUUACUUGUAUGAUGUGCAACAAACAGCUCUCCACUGGAGAGGAACUCUAUAUCAUUGACGAGAACAAGUUCGUCUGCAAAGAAGAUUAUCUGAAUAAUAAUAACAACACUGCCAAAGAAAACAGCCUACUCUCAGGUAAAAAGGGCAGUGACCCCAGUUUAUCUCCUGACUCCCAAGACCCUUCUCAAGAUGAUGCAAAGGACUCUGAAAGCGCUAACAUCUCAGAUAAGGAGGCUGGGAUUAACGAAAAUGAUGACCAGAACCUAGGGGCAAAGAGGAGAGGUCCCAGAACCACUAUCAAAGCCAAACAGCUGGAGACUCUCAAAGCAGCUUUUGCAGCUACACCAAAACCCACCAGGCACAUACGGGAACAGCUGGCACAGGAGACUGGGCUCAACAUGAGAGUAAUACAGGUUUGGUUUCAAAACCGUCGUUCUAAAGAGAGGAGGAUGAAACAGUUGAGUGCCCUGGGUGCCCGCAGACACGCAUUCUUCAGGAGCCCACGCAGGAUGAGGCCACUGGUGGACAGGCUGGAGCCAGGGGAACUCAUUCCUAAUGGACCUUUCUCCUUCUAUGGAGAUUAUCAAAGCGAAUACUAUGGCCCAGGAAGCAACUAUGACUUUUUCCCUCAAGGACCCCCUUCAUCUCAAGCCCAGACGCCUGUAGAUCUGCCCUUUGUACCAUCAUCAGGACCAGCUGGAACUCCACUAGGUGCAAUGGACCAUCCGCUCCCUGGACACCACCCUUCUAGUGAAGCUCAGCGCUUCACUGACAUUAUGUCCCACCCCCCAGGAGACUCUCCAAGCCCGGAACCCAACCUACCAGGCUCUUUGCACUCAAUGUCUGCAGAGGUGUUUGGGCAAAGUCCUCCCUUUUCUUCGUUAUCUGUAAAUGGAGCAUCUUAUAGCAAUCAUUUGUCACAUCCAGAGAUGAAUGAAACUGCUGUGUGGUAG